AUGAGUCAACCAGGCGGCGCACCGCAAGCGGCCCCGGCCUACCCUCCUGACAUGAUCCGACCCGAGAAGAUUGCAAACAUUCCCAUGCUCUCAGCCGAGAACAAAGUCACAUAUACCGAAGGCUUAACCAAGCUGUGGACUGCACUAGAAGCCAACCCACGCGGCAGUGAGACGCACAACAAGGCAACAGCGAAGAUCAAGGAAGUCUCGAGGGAGAUUAUGCGCCACAUCACUCACUGGAAGGCCAAUAAUCAAAACCAACAGCAGCAGCGACCACAGUCGCAAGCUCAGGUUCCACAGCUUCCUCAGCAGCAGCAAAACCAGCAACAACCCCAGCAACCUCAACAGCAGCAAGCACAACCCACUCCCCAGCAGCAGCCUGCGCCGCCGCAACCUACGAUGCCAAACCCUCAGUCGCAACAACCGCCUCAGCAACAACAUCAUCCUCAACCUCAACAGCAAAUCCCUCAGCAGCAGCAACAGCAGCAGAUCCCUCAAGUUCCUGGUAACUUUCCUCUCGGCCCGCAAGCAAAGGCCUUCCUCGGCGGCUUCAAGGUCUUCCCUCCUACCAGCAUCAUUCCCAACACCCCGGAUUACGAGAACUACAAGAGGCGUAUUAUGAGUACCCUGACCAGACUUGUUACCAUGCAAGAGAGCAGCGUCAGUCGCUUCCAGCAGACACAUGAGAGAAUAUCACAAUUGGAGGCCGCUGGACAGACGCCAACACCAGACCUGGUUUCUGCGAGAGACGCCGCCAAAACGGGUGUUCAAGACGCAAAGUCCAAGAUUGACGGUGUCCGCAAUGAGAACGAGAGGAACCGUCUGGCUUGGGCCGAAAAGUCCAAGCCGCCGCAGCAGCAAAACAACUCGCAGACUCCCGCGCCCCAACAACAGGUCGCCUCACCUUACAACCAAGCAGCUCAGGCUAAUAACCCAGGUUCGGCUAUGAGCCCUGCCGGGCAGUUCCAGCAGCAGCAACAAUCGAACGCCCCUAUGCAUCUUCAGCAGCAGCAGCAGCAGCAGCAGCCGCAGCAACCCAUCGCACGUCCUCCCAACCAGCAGCAGCCGUACCAGUCGCCCGCUCCCCAAGGUCAACCUCAAGCUCUCUCUCACGCCGAUGCCAUCAAUCAAGCUCAGCGCAACUACUCAGCCCAGCAAGUACAGGGAGGCACACCCACCUCCCAGCCUGGCGGCCAAGCUUUCAACCACACUCAGCAAGCUGUCAACGUCGGCAACCCCAAGUUUCCUAUCCCCAAGAAUCUGCCAACCACAGGCACCCACAAUCCCGUGCCGCUUGGCCCCGCUCGUCCUACCUUCGGUGGUCCCAGCAAUGGUGCCCCCGGUAUGAUGGGUCAACCUGCCGUUCAGAAGACGCCCCACUUCAUUCUUGAGGGAGAGGGAGACCGCGUGCUGAGCAAGAAGAAGUUGGACGAAUUGGUUAGACAAGUUACAGGUGGUGGUGAAGGCGAUGGUCUCACUCCCGAUGUCGAAGAAUCCGUCCUCACUCUCGCCGAUGACUUUGUCGAUAGCGUUAUUACCGCCGCCUGUCGCCUGGCCAAGAUCCGCCCUAACUCAACUCUUGACAUUCGCGACAUCCAAAUCAUCCUCGAGCGCAACUAUAACAUUCGUGUCCCUGGUUACUCCCUAGACGAAAUGAACGCCGUGCAAGCCGCCAAGGUUAUGGGAAAGAACGACGCAUAG